CCCAAAUUAAAUCUACCAUAGCAUUCUUUUCUUGUGAGCAAAAGCAUAAAGCAUAAUACACAAUAUAUAAGCAGAGCUCCUCGAAAAGCCAUGAUGAUUAAACACUUUGUCAUCUGCUCAUUCCUAACAGUCCUUUUCUGUGCUAAAACUUUAGCCAUAACCCCAGCUCAUGCCCCAUCCCAAACACUAGCACAUCCACCAUCCAAACCCUUGGCUGAACCACCACAGAAGCCCAAGCCAUCUCCAUCCGUAGACUCCUCUUCUGCUCCCCCGUUGUCCGAAGAGCCAAUUGUUCAAGCUCCUCCGCAUAAAGGCCGAAGCCGGAUUCCCACGGACGUCACUGGAAUCCUCGAAAAGGUUGGCGGCUUCAGCGUCUUCAUUCGCCUCCUCAAAAGCACCGAAGUUCUCAUUCAGAUCGAAAACCAGCUCAGUGCCUCAAACAGCUUAACCAUCCUAGCCCCAACUAACGAUGCCUUCGCCUCUACACUCAAGCCUGGAACCCUCAACACCCUGAGCAACGAACAAAAGGUCCAGCUAAUGCAAUACCAUGUUCUCCCUACCUUCAUAUCGCUGGCCAACUUCGAGACUCUCAGCAACCCUGUCCGUACACAAGCUGCUAAUUCGUAUGACUAUCCUAUGAACAUUACUACCGAAGGAAAUUGGGUUAACAUAUCUACUGGUAUUGUCAAUGCCUCCAUUACCGCCACGGUGUUCUCGGACAAUCAGCUAGCUAUUUAUCGAGUUGAUAAGGUUUUGCUUCCCUUUGGCGUUUUUGCACCGAGGCCGAAGCUGCAACCUUCACCUGCACCGGCUCUUCUGGCAAAGCCAAAAGGGUCGUCGUUGAAUUCAUCGUCGUCAAUGUCGUCGACUGCGGAUGGCCCGGCUGCUGAUGAUGAUGACGAUCAGAAAACGAAUGCGUCUGGUGCGCCUGAUUUUACUACCGGAGCUGGCGCGGUGUCGUUCGGAGUUAUUUCCAUUUCUAUGGUCGCAACAAUUCUUGUGUUUGUUUAGUUUGACUUAACAUAUCCCUUGUUUCGAGAUUUGUUUGAAAUAUGGGCGAUUUGUAUUGGGUUGUACUUGGUCAUGUUGAUUUUAUUUUUGGUGAUGAUGGGAACAUUUGCACUUUUUCAAUUCGUUUUAAUUAAUUUUUUCAUGUUAAUAUUCAUCUCUGUUGUCGAGACAUUUAUUAAAACUAGUUUAUACACUUAA